CGAGCAUGCGCAGCUGCGCGCGCGCCGCGGGCGGGCCAGUGGAGCCGGCGGCCCUGGCACGUGACCUGCGAGCGGCUCGGCGGCUCGGUGGCUCGGUCUGUCUGUCCGUCCGUCCGCGGGUGCCAUCAUGGCGGACGCGGCCAGUCAGGUGCUCCUGGGCUCCGGUCUCACCAUCCUGUCCCAGCCGCUCAUGUACGUGAAGGUGCUCAUCCAGGUGGGAUAUGAACCUCUUCCUCCAACAAUAGGACGAAAUAUUUUUGGGCGGCAAGUUUAUCAGCUUCCCGGUCUCUUCUCUUAUGCUCAGCACAUUGUGCGCAUCGAUGGGAAGCGUGGGCUCUUCACAGGCUUAACUCCCAGGCUGUGUUCAGGAGUCCUGGGGACUGUGGUCCAUGGGCAAGUUUUACAGCAGUUCUGCCAGGAGCCUGAAAAGACUGAGGAGUUAGGACCGGGAAAUGUACAGAAAGAAGUCCCAGCUUCCUUUGACCGAAUUGUCAAGGAGACCACUCGAGAGAUGAUGGCUCGAUCUGCUGCUACCCUCAUCACCCAUCCCUUCCACGUGAUCACUCUGAGAUCGAUGGUACAAUUCAUUGGCCGAGAAUCAAAAUACUGUGGACUUUAUGACUCCAUAGUCACCAUCUAUCAGGAGGAGGGCAUCCUGGGAUUUUUUGCGGGUCUUGUUCCUCGCCUCCUAGGUGACAUCAUUUCUUUGUGGCUCUGUAACUCGCUGGCCUACCUCGUCAAUACCUAUGCACUGGACAGUGGGGUGUCAACCAUGAAUGAAAUGAAGAGUUAUUCACAAGCUGUCACAGGAUUUUUCGCCAGCAUGCUGACCUAUCCAUUUGUGCUCGUCUCUAACAUCAUGGCCGUCAACAACUGUGGGCUUGUUGGUGGAGGCCCUCCUUACUCCCAUAUAUACACUUCUUGGAUCGAUUGCUGGUGCUCACUGCAGAAAGAGGGAAAUAUGAGCCGAGGAAAUAGCUUGUUUUUCCGGAAGGUUCCCUUUGGGAAGACGUAUUGUUGUGACCUGAGAAUGUUAAUUUGAAGAUGUGGGGCAGGGCCGGUGACAUUUCUGUAGUCCCAGAUGCACAGAAUUAUGGGAGAGAAUGUUGAUUUCUAUACAGUGUGGCGCGCUUUUUUAAUAAUCAUUUAAUCUUGGGAAAAUGGA